CACGUUGCCAGACUCUUUCCAGGAAGUAGUUCGCCACCCCAUUAGUGGCGCCGUCUAUAGCUUACUAGUAACAGCACGACUACUUCCGACGAGUAUAAAUAAAGCUGUGAACGCGGGACAGUCAACAACGUUAUCGAACAAUGGAAGAGAAGUCGCUAGUGGACAAAAGAGUGUCUCCAAAAAUCGCAUCUAGAAACGGUGAAUGGAUCGAGAUGGACGGAAAAGGAUCGAAGAGCGAUCCUAAACAAUCGAGGUUCCAGGUAGCUAAGGUCGAUUUCGUUAACGAAACAACACCUUUAACACAUGCCAGUCGAGAUGACGGGGAUGGUGAGAAGACAAACGGAUCCGAAAAUGGAAGAGGGCAAUCUCCUACUCAUCAUUCUACCUAUAACACUUAUGACACUCACAAUAUUCAAAGUCUUCGACAUUAUACUAGAGAAGCCUUACCUAGACUAGAUCAUUACAGGAACAUCAUGUCAGUUCACGGGCAUCUUAAUCGUCCUACUCUAGAUGAACUUCAUAAUGCCACCCUCACUAUGUCUCAGGAUAACAAGCGUUAUUCAUACAAACAAGUAAAAUCUCCUGAUGAUGAUGUGAUUCAAAAAGGUGCUGUAAAAUUAGGAUGGAUCCAAGGAGUAUUGAUAAGAUGUCUGUUAAACAUCUGGGGUGUUAUGUUAUUUUUAAGAUUAUCAUGGGUGGUAGGUCAAGCUGGAAUAGGAUUAGGAUGUUUAGUGAUUUUGCUUGCUUCAGGUGUCACAAUUUUAACUACACUUUCAAUGUCUGCAAUAUGUACGAAUGGAGAAGUAAAAGGAGGAGGAACAUAUUAUAUGAUUUCCCGAAGCUUAGGUCCUGAAUUUGGAGGUGCUAUUGGUUUAAUAUUUUCUUUAGCCAAUGCAAUAGCUAUUGCAAUGUAUGUUGUUGGUUUUGCAGAAACUUUGAGAGACCUUCUCACAGCUCAAGUUGUUCUGUUGAUAAUACUUUUAGUUUCAAUGUUUGACUUUGUAAUUGGCUCUUUCAUCCCACCGAACACAGCACAGAAAGCUCAAGGAUAUGUUGGCUGGAGUUUAUCCCUUGCCUCUGAAAAUUUUAAACCACAUUUUCGAGGAGAAACAUUUUUUUCUGUGUUUUCUGUUUAUUUCCCUGCUGCUACCGGAAUAUUAGCUGGAGCUAAUAUAUCAGGUGAUCUUGCUAAUCCUCAACAUUCCAUUCCAAAAGGAACAUUUUUAGCAAUAUUUAUUAGUACAUUGAGUUAUAUACUGUUUGCUGUAAUUGCUGGAGCAACUGUAUAUCGCGAUGCAAAUGGUGUGGAAUUUUUUGCUCAGAAUGGAACAGUAGAAUUGAUACGUAAUUGCAGCCUUGCAGAAUCUGGAUACUGCAAAUAUGGUCUUAUGAAUAAUUAUCAGGUAAUGGAACAAGUUUCUGCUUUUGGUCCAAUAAUUUAUGCAGGUAUAUUUGCUGCUACACUUUCCUCUGCAUUAGCAAGUCUUGUCAGUGCACCUAAAGUUUUUCAGGCACUCUGUAAAGAUAACUUGUUUCCACACAUACAUAUAUUUGCCAAAGGUUAUGGAAAAAAUGCUGAACCUCGUCGGGCAUACCUUUUGGCUUUUGUUAUUGCUCUUGCUUGUAUUGCAAUAGGUCAAUUGAAUGAAAUUGCUCCAAUUAUCUCAAAUUUUUUUUUGGCUGCAUAUUGUUUGAUUAAUUUUUCAUGUUUUCAUGCUUCCUUUGCUAGAUCACCAGGAUUUCGUCCAGCAUUCAAGUAUUAUAAUCUCUGGUUGAGUCUGUUAGGUGCAAUAUUAUGUUUAGCAGUGAUGUUUAUUAUGAAUUGGUGGACUGCUUUAAUUACAUUUGCUAUUAUUUUAGCAUUAUAUAUUUAUAUAUAUUAUAGAAAACCAGAUGUAAAUUGGGGAUCAUCAACACAAGCUCAGACAUACAAAGUUGCACUUGAAGCUGUUAUUAAAUUAAAUCAGGUUCAAGAACAUGUAAAAAAUUAUAGGCCUCAAAUAUUAGUAUUAACAGGAAAUCCAAAUAGCAGACCUCCACUAGCUGACUUUGCAUAUAGUAUUUGUAAGAAGUUGGGAUUGGUAGUAUGUGGUCAUGUUGUUAAGGGACCUAUGUCUCAACGUUAUCGAGUAGCACAAACAAAACAAGCUUAUAAUUGGUUUCAAAAACGAAAAAUGAAGGCAUUUUAUAGUUUGAUAGAAGAAGAUGUGUUUUCACGUGGUGUUCGCAAUCUGAUACAGCUUGUUGGUGUUGGAAAACUUCGUCCCAAUGUUGUGUUUAUGGGAUACAAGUCAAACUGGCAAGAAUGUGAUCCUGAAGAGACUUUAGAAUAUUUUAACACAAUACAUGAAUCAUUUGAUAUGCAUAUGUCACUUGGAAUACUCCGUCUACAAGAAGGUUUGGAUUAUUCUCAAUACACUGAUCUUGAAGAAUUUGCUGCACCAGUUGUUAAUGGCAAAGGAUCAAAGGCAGGCAUGGAGAAAGAAAUGGCUAACACAGGAUUUCCUAGAAAUGUUUCAAGUGCUCAGCUUUCUCAAGCAAUGAAGCCAACAUCAUCAUGGCUUACUAUGUUUGCAGCCUUUACUGCUGGUGGUUUAACAAUGUUAGUUCCAUAUCUUCUUACAACAAGAUCAGUUUGGAGUGGAUGUAAACUAAGAGUGUUUUCACUUGCAAAUAAAAAAGAUGAAUUAGACCGUGAACAAAGAAAUAUGGCAGCCCUAUUAAGUAAAUUUCGUAUUGAUUAUUCUGAUGUGAUGGUUGUUCCUGAUGUUGUGAAACCUCCACAAGAGUCCAGUAAAAAAGAAUUUGAAGCAUUGAUCAGCAAAUGGAGAGAGAAAGAAGAAAGUGAUGAACAUAAUCCAGCAGUCAUUACAGAUGCUGAAUUAAUAGCAUUAAAAGAUAAGACAAACAGACAUAUUCGUUUAAGAGAAAUUGUUUUGAAGUAUUCCAAAGAUGCAACUUUAAUUGUUAUGACACUGCCGAUGCCACGAAAAGGAACGUGUUCUGCACCAUUAUAUAUGGCAUGGUUAGAGACACUCACAAAAAAUAUGCCUCCUUUCUUAUUAAUACGAGGGAAUCAAACAAGUGUUCUCACGUUUUAUUCCUGAAAGAAAUGUGAAUAUAUAGUUUUUUAUUUAAAUAUAAUUAAAAUCACAAUAAGGCAAAUGGCAUUUUUUUUAUUGACGUUGCAAAUAGUUUUGUAAAAUGUAAAAUAAGUAAUGAAGUGUGAGAUCUUUAGCUUAUCAAAUAGUUGAUUUAAAUUACAAAAUAUUAUUAAAAUUGUGAAAAUAAAAAAUAUAUUUUUAUAAAUGACAUAUCAAAUUUUAUAUAAGAUCAUUUUUGUUUGUUGUUGAAAUACUAAAGUAAAGUAUGCCUGUUGAAAUUUAAAUUAUCAUCUUGAAAAUGUUGGUUCAUAUUUAUGGGAUAAGCUCAGGGAGAUAAUGAAUGUGUAUCAAAAUAUUUCAUUUGCUAAUUAAGUAAUAAAUUGUAUUAAUAUACAGUUUUAUCAUCAGUAUUUUACUUGAAUUCCUACAGAUAGUUUAGUUUAAUUUUAAAUAUUUGUAUUCAAAUAAUAAUGAAAAUAAUUGUUAUACAAUAUUGGCAAUAUAUUAUUAAUAUUUAAGGAAUA